AUGGCCCAGCCAAAACCCCCCUUCGUCUUCCCCCGCGAAUACUCCUUCCCCCCCUUCUUCACCCGCCAGACAAACCUCACGACCCACCACGCCCAGCUCGAGAAAUGGUCCGCCCUCAUCCUCGCCUACACGCAGCACCACCGCAUCUUCAAGCUGACGCCCCCCUCGGCCGCCUCGUCCUCGGCCGCAGCAGCGGACCCCAGCCUCCUGCCGGCCGCCGCGACGGCCAACACCACCCACCACAACACGGACGACCUCUUCCACAACAAGACGCUCAACCGCCGCCUCGCCCCCGCCGACGCGCGCGAGGUCCUCGACGCCAUGCGCCGCGACGGCCGCGCCGCGACGGUCGCCCGCGACGGCGACGCCGUCUGGGUGUACUGGCGCACGCCCGAGGAGUGGGCCGCCCUCGUCGAGGCGUGGGUCGACGACACGGCGCAGAAGGGCGUCGUCGUGACGCUGUAUGAGCUGACCGAGGGGGAC